CUGAUACAAAGUGACCAGCUAACAUUAAUACUACACGUGUGAGUGUCGUUUUUCCAAACAUAAACAAACAUGACCGAUAGACUAAAUAAAUAUUUAUCAGAAACGGCAGUCGCUAGUUCUGAGGACGAAGCCGACAUUGAUGAUAACGACACUUGUGCCGCUCACGAAUUGUCCGCCAAGUUUCGCUUUCAUUAUCCCCAAGACGAAGCGUCUCUAUCACUAAAGCGAGACUACGUCUUGGGUCUCUGUGCCGACAAAGGGUUCACUUGCAUUGCAGCGGGUCUAUCUAACACCUCAGUUAAGAUAUACGACCUCAAUGCGUCUGGCCUCCUGACCGCCGUUCAUCAAGAUCGAGUUCCGUCCGUGGAGAGCUUGGAUACAGAGGUGACAAUCUGUGGCGUUCGAUUCUUGGACGAUAGUGCAAACACCUUGCUGGUGGGCACUACAAAUGGCUUAGUGCGUCUGUUAGACUUGCGUAUCAAAGGCAUUCAGGCGCAAUUUGAGUAUAAAAGUGAUGCUCAGGAAGGAUUACCGCCAGUGCCAAAGACGAUAUCCUGCUUCGAUCGCAAUGCCAACAGUCGUAUUAUUUGCUGCGGCACCGAACAACACAUGGGCAAUGCUUAUAUGGUGUUCUUUGAUGUGCGAGAACGACGACAACUUGGCAUUUAUGAAGAUAGCCACGACGAUGAUGUGACCUCUGUUCUGUUUCACACCAGCAAUCCAGAUUUGUUGUGUUCGGGCAGCACUGAUGGCUUGAUAAAUGUGUUUAAUAUCCAGGAGAGCGAAGAGGAAGAAGCGUUGUUGAAUACCAUUAAUACAGAGAGCAGUGUGCAUCGUCUAAACUGGCAUCGCAAUGAGAAGGGUCAAGACCUAAUCUCAUGCAUUACACACACUAACGAUUACAUGAGCUACGAAUGCCAAGAAGGCGAUGAAAUUCUCUCCUUUAAUCGCUCAAAAAUCACAGCUGGCAUUCUACGCCAGAAUGCUGGCAAUUUUAACUUAAUCAAUGCUCACAACCUGUCCGAUGGUAGCGUGUUUCUGCUCGCUGGCACCAACCAUAAUCGAGGAGAAGUGCUGCGCUCAGUUGUUGUGCCGGCUAGGAAAACGUUGGAGCCCCUGACAAACUUUGUAGGCAACAAACAAAUUGUGCGCGAUAGUCUGUACGAUGCCAAUCAAAAUCUGCUGGUCACUGGCGGCGAGAGUGGCAUUAUUACCGUCUGGUCGUCUGAUAACAGCAACACUAAAAGCAGUAGCAACCUGAAGAGUAAGUCAAAGGCUGCUAAGUCACACAAGAAAAACCCCUAUUAAUGACAUUUUUAUAAAAUAAAG